AUUGCAUUAUGUUGGUGGCAUUGUUAAGAUGUCUGACGGUCGUGGUUUACUUUUCUUUUGACAAAAUUUAGAAAGAUCGGAACUUAACUGGAGUUUCGUCGCAUUAAGUCUAAUAACCUUUCUUCACAUGUAACUGCAGUCUUCUGACCUAGUUAUGGGAAAAACGAUUAAGUGGAAAAAGAGACAAGGCGACCCAGGGGAGAACGGGGACGAAUCGACGGAGUCGUGCGACGAAAAUGUCAAGUCCGCAUGUCCUCACGUCGCGAAAGCCGUCGACCUGACUCGGCUGAAGAAGUCACUGAAGAUCGGAGGCUUCGAGAAGGAGUGCGCGGAGUGUUUAAAGAGUACGAAAACGGAGGUGUCUGACCCAGAUUUUGUGGAGGAUCUUUCUUUGUGGAUGUGUUUAAGAUGUGGCUCCCAGCUCUGCGGUCGCGCUCGUAACCAGCACGCUUUGAACCACUUCAACCGCCCGCACUCGGACUCGCACGCGCUAACUGCCAACACCACGACUUGGGCAAUCUACUGUUACAACUGCAACGAUGAGGUUACAGCCACAAGCUCGAAAAAGCUACAUGAAUGUAUCGAGUACCUUAAAAAGCAGGCUCUAUCUGGUGGCAGUACGAAAUCCUUGCCGCCAAUAGAACUGCCGCCGCCAGAGACAAUAAUAAAAACUGAUUAUACUUUCAAAGGCAAAGACAAAGCCAUGGGUUUUACCUCACAGCGAGUGAGAGGUCUCUCUAACUUAGGAAAUACCUGUUUCUUCAACUCGGUCAUGCAGUGUUUAGUCCAAACGCCAUACCUGCUCCCCGUCUUACAAGAGAUGUCGGCGACGGGGGAACAGUUCACGUUGCCCGGGGGCAAGUUGAGCAUGAAGUUGGAUGGAGAGGAGAAGGAGGUUGAGCUGCCCCCUAUUACAGGACAGUUGUCCGAGUGGGGACCGUUGACUAGGACAUUAGCGGAAACUUUGUCAGAUUUGCAAUCAGGAGAAGGUGGCGUGUACACCCCUCGCAAACUGCUCUCGGCGCUGGUGAACAAACUGCCUCAGUUCGGAGGCGGCGACCAGCACGACGCCCAUGAGUUGCUGAGGCAUCUUCUAGAAGCUGUCAGAUCGGAGGACCUAAGACGCUACCAGUCCGUGAUUCUCAACAGCCUGGGCAUGAACUCCAAAGUUGACCCGUCCAAGGUGGACGGCGAGGUUAAGCAGAAGGUCAAGUUCUACGGCCAGCAGGCUUCCGACACCAUGCUGAGGCCAGAACAGGUGUUCCGCGGCUUCCUCGUGUCGACGCUGGAGUGCCAGGAGUGCUUCAACCACUCGGACCGCACGGAGUACUUCCUGGACCUGUCGCUGCCCGUCGCCGCCUCCCGUCCGCAGCCGCCAGCGGUUGUUCGCAGGAAAACCCCCAACGAGGAGAUGUACAAUCAGUACAACACUCAGGAAGAGAAUAAACCCUCGAAGCACCAGCUCAAAAAGGAGCGUAUUGCGGCGAGGAAAGCGGCGCGCAAGAACAAAGGUAAUUCCACGUCAAAGGAAGAAGCGACUACUGACGCGAACUCUAAAAAAGAAGAUGGCAAGUCUUCAUCCGAACAAUCCGACGCCGACGUAGAAGAUAACCUAGAAGAUGCGCCGAGGCGAGCGGACACGCACAGCACCUCAGUCGGAACCCAGGCCAUCGCCCACACCGCUGCCAACUUUGCCCAUUACCUCAAUAUGGAAUCCGGGUAUAAUUCGGAGAAAGUCAUAAGCUCAGAUUCCAUCCGGACCAGCCCGGUGCAUUUAGCCGAAAAGGAAACGCCAGAAGAGAAUGGGAAAGAGUAUGUCGACUCAUCCACGUCGACUAUGGCUGUCCCGCUUGAAUACAAGCCUCUUGCACCAUUUGAGAACCUAUCCAAUCCGGACUCUGGAGUAGCAAGCCCCGAAGCCACGAAGCAUAACUCCACAGAGACAGUGGACCAUGUAGACUCUCCAACUGAUAAUAAGGAGCUUGGUAGUCCCAGUUCGCUUUCAAGUGAGAUCAAUUUAGAGCUGACAGAACCGAGCCCGGGAACAGAACCAGAAAGACCUGUAUCCAGGAUUGCUUUCGCUCCAGAGUAUACCAAUAAAGUUGUAUCUAGAGGGAUCAGUGUAGCUGGUUCAAGGCAGUUGCUAGAACAGAGCGGAGACAGCAGUUAUGAGUCCCCGCCUGAUGCGAAACCAGCAGAUACAGAACUGACUAAUCAUGUCGAAGUUACGAACAAACUUGAUAAGCUCAAACUAGAUAUGGAAGAGAAGAGUCUAAUAGUCCCUCCGGCCCCAGCUUUGCCCGCCCCGUUACCGCGGCCGACGCUCGGAGGCGCUGACGACAAAGGCCUCAUGGAUUUCCUGUCCUACUCCCGCAAUUCGACCCGACACGUGUGCGACGAGGACGAAUGCAGCGUCGCCUCCUGCCUUAGCCAGUUCACAGCUUUGGAACUGCUUACUGGGAAUAACAAAGUUGGAUGUGACACGUGUACUAAGCGGGAAGGCCAGGAAGGAGGAAAAACAGUGUACACAAAUGCUACUAAACGCUUCUUAGUGGCCAGUGCACCGGCUAUCCUAAUUCUACAUUUGAAGCGUUUCCAACUCGGACCUCGCUGUAUGUUCAGGAAAAUGUCCAAGCAUGUAGACUUCCCGGCUAUCUUGGACUUAGCACCGUUCUGCGCUAUGGACAAGCUUCGCAAGCAGCCCGGCAUUAACCGGACACAGGAACAAGUACUAUACUCUCUAUAUGGAGUCGUUGAGCACUCAGGAGGCAUGCACGGUGGGCAUUAUGUUGCAUAUGUGAAGGUUCGGGCGCCAAUACGACGCGAUCAUCCUCGCUGGGGAUUCCUACCUAAAAGCGCCAAUGUAGCACCUCCUGCCGCUGAAGCCCAAGAAGCACCAGAGCCUGAUUCAGAGUCCGAACUCUCCGGAUACGAGUCCGGUGAAGGAGCACCUAUGCCCGACUCCCCGCCUGGCAAAUGGUACUACGUCUCCGAUAGCAUGGUAUCAGAAGUGAGCGAGGACAAAGUAUUAAGAGCGCAGGCCUAUCUACUCUUCUACGAGAGGAUCCUAUAAGCCUAAUUUAACCAGCGUGCUGUAUAUAGCUUGAUAGCUUUUCCUUUUCCUAGUUGGUUACCACGGUGAUCCGUGUUACUCUGUUUUGUUUAUUGUAUCCUUAGGACAGGUAACCAUUGCUCGCCCCAAAAUGCUGUAGCGACGAUAUAUUGUAUUUUUUACGGCUCUACGCCUCAAUUAUGUACACAUUUAUGCUCGUAUUAAUAGACCGUUAACUGAUAUCAUACUCUAGUUUUAAAGAGGAAAAGUAAGCUGCGUUCCUCUUUUAAUUUUGAGGUCCAGUUUCGACAGCUUUAGUUUGAACUUAUGUAUAUAGUUUUUUUAUACACACAGGAUUUAAUUAUGCCACUAAUUCAAUGGUUAACACACGUGUGAUACUAACUCAAUUUGGGUCGUAGCAACUCAGUAUAAGACGUGUGUUACUGCAGAUCAAUAUGGGUUUUUAGGACAUCAGCUCACUCCUCUUAACACGUUCACUGCUAAAACGGUUAUAGCCGAUAACAUGGAUGUCCCGGUAUGCAGAGAAAAUGCAUCGUAGAGGCAAAACGACAGUCAUAGCGCUGAAUGGGUUGAAACUUGUAUGGUAUCUGAUUGCAUUUUAUUAAUACGACUCUUUACAGAUGUACUUGCGGAAAGUUUCAAAAAUGCCCGAAAAUAUCAGGAAACUUUCAUUUUGGAAACGGAAAAUUUCAAUCCACAUACAAACUAAGUUUCCGAAAUAUUUCAAUUCUCUGAAACUUUCCGACGUCACAUCAGUUCGAAACUUAGUCAUUGCAGAUGAAAACGUACGUCGUAUAAACUAAGGAAUUGAUAACAAUGAAUUAUGGUACUGAUUGGUGCAUUGAUGUACUGCGAUAUAUAUAGUUACUCGCAUAAGAGUCACACGGACCUAGGCGCCGCCAUACAAUCGGAGUUACGCUCAUUUUAAAAUAACAUUCUGAAAUAACAUAAACAUUCAAGUAAUAUAUCGUUAGGUGACAAUCAAAACUCACAAAAAAAUAAUUAGGCAAAAAUCAACCUUAUUUAGGUAAUUAUACGGUUCACUGUGCCUAUAUGAACUUGUGGUGGUAAAUAGUGAGUUUUAGUUGUCACCUGACGAUAUAUCUAUGUUUGGUAAUAGUUAUCGUUCCUGGAAUUGUAAUAUUAAGAAAUAAGCAGUUUUACAUACAUACAAAGCUUUUAUUCGCUUUAUUUUCUUUUUAUAAUAUUUUUUAGCAACGAAAACUAGUACCCGACAUACAUAUAUGCAGGGCCUUCUUAAACUAUUCUGGGGCCCCUGGGCACAUAAGAAUUUGGGGCCCUUUUGGACAGUAAAGAAAGCUAAUUAAACUAACAUUUUUCUACUAUGAUCUUCUAUUUAUUAUGGGUAAUCAAAAAUAUACUGUUACUGUCUGUCCUUCGGGGCCCCCUGAGGAUGGCUCUGGGCACGGGCCCCGUGUGUCCUUAUGGUAAAGACGGUACUGCAUAUACAGUGCCGGAUUUAGACAUUUGCCGCUCGUAGGCUAUGCCGAUUUUGCCGCCCCUAUCCAUCUCCCUUAUAGCUUUUUAAAGUACUUUCCAAUCAGAGGCGUUUAAUUUAAUAGUACAACGCACCAUAGUCAUAUUAAAAUGCAUAUAAGGUGAUGUCACUAUUCUAGAUACAGAUUUAUAUGAGCCGUUUUUGUCAGCCAAUGACGAUGCGACCUCGUUAUAUUUGCCUGAUCUGAUCGGCAACAUGGGUACCGCUGGGUUUCGGCCAUUGAGAAUCAAGGUGAGGCAUUGGCAGUCAGGCUGGAUAAUAGCUAAGGAGUUUGGUCGGGUCUAGCAUCGAGUGCUCGAGGGACUAUGCUAUACAAAUGGCUUAUAUUGAUGGGCCACAGAUAAUGUACCUAAAUAAAAACGCGAGCGUAGCGAGCGCGAAAUUUUUUCUGUAGAAAUAGCGCAAUUCGAUAGAACUAGGCUGGUUAUGUCUGCCACAUGCCCAACAACUUGUGGGCCAAGUUAACCACAAAGUGGGUGCCCCACGAGUCAAACCGGGGAACCGGUAGACCUCGUCGGCGAUGGCGGGAUAACUUGGACUCCUUUUUGAGAGACUGGCCAGAUGUAGCUCAAAACCGAAACGAGUGGAAGAAGAGGGGGGAGGCCUUUGCCUAGCUUUAUUUGUGGCCCAUCAAUAAUGUUCCUAAAUAAAAAUGCGAGCGUAGCGAGCGCGAAUUUUUUUCGGUAGAAAUAGCGCAAUUUGAUAGAACAUGGUAUAUUUUUAGAAUUCCAAUUUCCAAGCUUCAAAACGGAAUAGGAUCACUUUGUUGUCCGUCCGGCCGUUUAUCUGUUUCUAUAUAAAGGGUCUUGACAUGACAGAGGGCGGCAAAAUCGACAAAUAAAGCCUGUUAUUUAAAUUUUACAAAUAAAUAGGGGAGCGGCAAAAUUCUGGUCAACCCAAUCUGAACAGCUAAUAAAUUAUUCUUUAACCCAAAUCUGCCGCCCUAGGCUUCAGCCUUCAGCCUACUCAGCCUAGUGGUAAAUCCGGCACUGUGCAUAUAUGUCACAUAAAUUUCAUGUAAUUUAAGCAUGCCAUUUUAAAAUGAGAGCGGCUUUUUGGCGGGUCCGUGUGACGCAUAAGGCGUAAUAUUAAGUCGUCUUUCAUUUUAAAAGAUAUUUUACUCUUGAACGUUACAUAGCGGUUCUCACUAAGUUUUAAAUGUUACGAGACGUUCGUUUUUUUAACGUAUUUAUUAUUUUCUGUAUUUAUGUUUGUCAUUUUGUGGCCCUGUUAACUCGGGAGCGAAGGACUACAGGGUGGUUUGGCAGACGUGAUCAGAAUAACAAGCCAUAAGGGUAACUUAGUCAGGUUGAUAUAAAGGUUCUAGCUUGGUAAAUAUAAGAUAUAGGGUUACUUUUUCUUGCUACUCGUUGCCAUGGUUACGUUUUCUUGGGUCACUUAUGAAACUCUGCUUUUAUAGCAUUUGUUAUGGCAUUGCAGUGGUUAUCAUUAGCCCUUUACUUUAGGUCAUCUACCAAGCAUGUUAAUAGAACGUGUUACAGCCACUUUUCUAACAAACUUUGCUAAUAUGGUCCCCUAACUGACGGGGCAAAAUAACAACAGUAAUAACCUUUAUAAAAUUUGGUCACAAUAUUAACUUUGUCACUCCGUUACUGUAUGUUUCAAAAGUGAUAUGAUGUCAUUGAUGACCAUGAUUUUUCAAGUUAACAACUUUGUUCCUGUUCACGUCUUUUAAAUCACCCUGUAUAGGUCUAUAGGCUGCGUCCUAUAUUCUCCAUAGUCUUCCACUGAAGUGUCAAGCCUGUAUAAAUCUGGUACAAUAUCGGUAAACGCCAUUCGUAGUAAUGAAAUUAGCAUAGUUAUUUAUUGUAAUGUGAUGUCGAAUAACAUUUUACUGCUAAGUCGUUCUCAAAUUGAAUAUAUUUAAUCGGGUCACUCACGCUUUAAGUCGAAAAUUUCUAGACAUGUUUCGCUCUGUAACGAGUAGCUUUAACGGGAGCACUCGUUGACUGACGCAGAUUUCUACUCAACUCAGACUUAAAAUACGUGAGUGACCGGUUUUAAUAUAUUUGAUAAGUCGUUCUCAUUUAAUGCUGACAAAACAUCGGUAUCGUUUAAUAAGAGUUAUUAAUAGUAAAAAAGUGUAGCCUAAGAAAAGAAGAUGCCUCGAAACAGAUGGCGCUGUACUGGUUCAAUAUGCGGUAACUCUGGCUAGGUAACUUUGAUGUUUGACAUUUCAGUGUCCACAAAACAUGGCGUAGUUCAGCGCCAUCUAUUUCAGCUGUUAAACUAGGUGGCACGAUUUUUUUCUUAAGCUUAUCUCUUCAAUUGAUAACUUUUUUGAUAAUUGAUAAUACUUCUUAAUCAUUUGAUUUGAUUGUUUUGUUGACGCUCUCAUCAUUAUCAUGCAUUUUAAUAAAUCUAAUCGUGUCACAAGGAAGCUAAUUUUAGGGCGAGGGCAGAUAUCGAAACCCGAGCAUAGCGGGGAUUGCAAAUGCCGUCCGAAUCAAUUUUACUACUGAGUUAAAAAAAACGCAUUUCAAAAUAAUACUGUUUAGUCCAAAAGCUAACGAUAUUGGAGUUAAAUAAACCCCAUAGUAGGAUUCUAUGAGAAGUGUUUUACCACAGUCUAUACAGUUGUUCGACGAGGGGGGGGUUUGCGCGCACCCGAGCUGCAUAAAUAGCUGUCAUCGCAUUGUUAGUAGCUCGGUACACGUCAAAGUCGGAUCACUGUUACUUUUUACACUGUGGUUUUACUAUGUUAUGAUUUAACUAUUAGUAUUCCAAUAAGCUUGAAGUCUUUAAGAAGGUCGCUAUAAUUCUGUCUUCGCCAUUUUGCAGUGUACUACCCAACAGAUAUAUUUGUACAUACAAGAUGCUCAAAAAUAUCUGAGCAUUCACUAACACCUUAGUCUAGUUCAGAUAUUUAUGAUACCUGUCCUCUAAAUAUUGGUCUAUCUAGGGAUACCCUAGUUCUAUCUAGAUCUCCUGCAAAAUUUCAGACUGACAUUAUAGUUAGGUUAUUAGGCAAUCUAGACCUAGUCGAUUGGAUAAACCAUAGAAUCUUGCAAUCUAAAAUAAAGACAUUAUUUUAGAAUCUAAAGUAAUGUCCCGACUUUUAUAACUAGACAAUUUUGUUUUACCAUUAUAACAUUUUAACGUACAUUUUCAGUAAUAUAGUGACUUGUAAAUAGGUCAAGGGCCUAUUACAUAAUAUAAUAUUAAUACUCUUAGUGAUUUCGUAUGUAAAAUCACAAGAGUUACACCAAGCAAAGUCUGCAGCGAUUUUCAUAGCCCACGCAGUGCAAGUGUUAUUUGUACGUCAUAUUUCCAUAGAUUUUCACUUUUUAAAUAACACUUGCACUGCGUGGGCUAUCAAUAUGUCUGCAGACUUUUCUUGGUCUAACUCUAAUAGUAUUAGUUUGUGUUUUAUUAUGCAAUAGGCCCCUGAUAGCGCUAUUUAGUUGUAAAUUAAAGUAUCUUUGAAAUAUAAGUAGAUGGCGCUUUAACUAUUUUUAAAUAUUGUCAAUGACAUAAACGAAAGUUAAUGAAUUCACCCGCAGUCACUCUAUUAUUAAAAAUGUUACUCGAAACACAUAACCCUCUUUUUUGGGGCAGCCGGGUAAGCUUAGCCCACUUUAUGCAUUUGCCAGGUUUCCUGCGAAGUUAGUUAUCUAUGUUGAUUUAUGUAUUAUUUGAUAAAUUUUGUAUAUUGAACUCCAAACAUAUUAUUGCGUUAAACUUGUGUAUUAAAAUAAAUAUGAUUUUAAAACGUC